AUGACAUCAAUGUCAGAAGCAGCAACAACAGCAACAAAGUCAACGGUAAUGAAGUGCCAAGACUGUAGUGCACCAUUUACAAAUGAUGGACUUAGAAGUUGCGCCAGUGGCGAUGAAAGCUUAACACAGGAUAUUAGUCAUAGCAGCAAAGAUGGUGGAAAGGGAGACUGUUGGUGGUGGUGUCGUGAUUGCAUGGCCACCGUAUGCAGUGUUUGUCAUUUGAUGAACGGACAUACGGAGCAUCGGAGUGGUAGAUGGGAUCGGCAAGAGCUGUACCGUUCAACAAUGCAAGCAUUGGAAGGCAGAUGCUCUACACGAUCCAAUCUUGCCAAAGAAUUCGAAAUGCAAAUACGUGAAUUCACCGCAACUUUGGAAUGUCACUUGGUUGAUCUCCUCCGGAAACGUCUUGAGGAACUGAACGAACCGGAUCGUUUGCUUAUUUCGAGGCUUAACAGAGCUUUGUGCGAGUUGGGAGACAGUAAUUCAUCAGUGCUCAGUCGACCUCUUUAUCAUAUGCUCUCUCCCACUAGGCCAGCUCAUCAAGUUUGGACUAUGUGCAGCAAAGAUCCCGAACGGUUGAAGAAUUUGGUUUCUGAAGUUUGUCAUUUGGCCAAUAUCACAUGCGAUAAUGGAGAUGAACAGAAUUCGUGUCAAAUAAAAUUCAGUGCUGCACUACCAUCGGCAUGGAGUGCUGCUGACUGCGCCAAAUAUUUGAUUGAGAAGCAAGAAGUAGCAAAAGACAUGUUAUCUGAACGACGGGCACGACAUUUCGGCAGUUAUCGUAGUAUGAAAAAUGGUUUUUCGCUGAUGAAAUCAGCAUCUGCAACACUGGAAAGGUCAACAUCUUCACUUCCAACGCUUGUUUCUCUUGAUACUCUGACAAACCGCUCGAAAAAAGAUCCAUCGAUUGAUUCAAGACCAUUCAGUGAAUUAGCUAAAGAGAAAUCGGAUUCUGACAAAAUAUCGGACAGACAAUUGUUUACCAAAGAUAGCAGGACGCAGAUACCGCUUGAACCUAAUGUUUUUGUUCGUGAAAUGAGGCAACAAUCAUUUGGGAAAUCGUCUCUUACCGAUGAAUCAGAUUCAGCUUGCGCUUUGAAAGAAGAAGCUUUUAAUUCGACAAGUCCUUCAGCGGCGUCUUCCAUCCCCGUGUGCCAGACGGAUAGCUCAUACGAUAGUCAUGAUUUUCAAGCUCCAUUGUUUGAGCAGGCGAUAUCCAGUUGUAACCCGUCAACGUCAACUACCGUUACAUUAGGAAAUCUGCCAAUGGAGCUAAAUUUCAUGCGUUUCGGUGAAAAGUUGUUUUCUCGACCAAUUGAUAUUAUUUCUUUACCCAAUAUUUUUACCAAAAAACAACUCCUCGCUGUUUCCGAUAGUUGUGGAGGUGUAUAUAUAGUAACAUGUAAGGGAGAAGUGUUGCAACAUCUGCCAACACGAGACUGUUCGGCAUCAUCAUUGACAAUUGACAUGACAAGUUGGCGUCUUCUAGUUAGCGUAAUGCACAGCAAAGGGCGAAGUAUACAUGCAUUUGAUAUUACAAAUCGUUUCAAAAAAGUAGAGGUAAUUCCUUGUCCCAAAGAACCAAAAAUCGAGAUGAGCAGAACGCGUUGGAUAACAGUCAGUCCACGCGGCGAAUUAUUCGCAGUUUCUGGAGACAACCAUCGAUCAGCAAUAUGGAUGUAUAAUCAAUCCAGGAAAGGAUGGAAAAUCCUGAAGGAGUCGAGGAAAACUCGGUACCAGUAUCUUCGAGUGGCCGAAGAUCAAGCCGAAUACAAAGCUGUGGUACUACUAACAUGUGAUGCUGCUCAAAACCGUAUAUUGCUUUUCGUAGCGGAUCACACUGGUACACUAAUCAACGAAUAUGACUUAACGAAAACGUAUAAACUCUAUGAAUGUAUAAAAAAUCCAGCUAGUGCUGUUGUUGAUUCACUUGGGAAUUUGUUGGUGCUUGACUAUGCCACUAGUCGUUUAUGGGUAUUGUUGGGCAGUACGAAAGGAAUGCGUCACAUAAAAGAAAUUGUUAUUCCUACUCCACUGGGUCCUCAAGAAGUCCUCGGAAUCACCACACAUGGUGACUGGAUCUAUAUGACUUGUUUUGCCCGGCGGGAAGUUAUUUGCUUAAGGUAUUUGGUGAAUGGCGUAUUAGCACCGUCAUGCUGCACAACCACCUUAGAAACGCCGAAGUCAGAUCGAAGAGCUAUUUCAUUACCAAGACCAACUAGGAAACCGAAUCAGGUUUAAUCACUAACAGUGACGUUUUCCUUUCGGAUCUUGUAUCUCUUUGGUUAUUUACCCCUGUGAAAACAAAUGGUGAUGUUUUCUGAAAGUAUCUUCAACACAUAUCUAACUACACUUGCC